GACUCCACCGCCCAAUGAUGAGGCUACCGUCGACACCUUCGCCACCAUGGCCUACGUCCAGUCUCUCAAAGACAAGCUCGACUCCAUGGAAUCGACCAUCAGGGGCACCAUCAAUGCUUCUGUCUCCUCGGCGAUGGGCGCGGCCACGGGCCCCAUCACUGCUGACAUCGCCGCGGCCCAAGCUGGCAUCAGCGGCCUCUCGAGUAAGAUCGAACAAAAAGUCGGCCUCGCCGUGGGCGAGCAGAUCGAUGCCACCCGCAAGCCAUUCCAGCAACAGUUCGACGCCUUCACCCAGCGCAUGGGCGACAUCGAGAGCCGCCAGGACCAGACCGACAAGGCCAUCUCCCAAAUGUCUGACCAGAUCGCCGCGCUCCAGAAAGCUUUUGAGGUGGCCAACAAGCAACCGGUGCAGCAGACCUUCGUGGGCCGCGACUUCGACAGAGACGUGGACCUCACUAUCGUCAAAGUGCAUGCUGAGGGCCUGGUCACACUCGACAAAGCGUCAGAGGCCCUCACCAAGUGGAGCACCGGCAGCGGCAUCGAGGAAUCGCACUUCCAGGUCCAGGGCCAAGACACCUCCAGAUACUUCACGGUUCAGUUCACAGGCCUCCCUGGGCCCGCCGCUCGCCGAACUCAGACAGCCUUGGACUGUCUCCGCAAUCGUGAUGGCAGUUGGUCCCGCAUCCGUGCCCCAGCUAUCGCGGGCAAUGGGUAUGUUGAGCUGCGGGUGGGGCCAGACACGUCUCCCAAGCAGAUCAAGACAGAAGUCGUCGGCAAGCGCAUCCGCCAGGCCUUGGAGCGGGCCUUCCCUAACCACACCUGGAGAGUCGACCGUGCCAAGGUCUGGAUCUCGGCCAACUGGUCUCCCGUUCUCCCUUUGACAAUACAUCCAAGACGUGAUGAAGUUACGACGAUCGCCUACCAGGACACGGGCCUCCCCGCGCUGGGCAUCACCCGCACGCAGAUCAAGGACGCCAUCAACGAUGUGGUUACGCCCGACGAGGAGGCCCACCAGAAACACGCUCAGCUCCUCGCCUUCGCGCGGAAGAUCAGCACCAAGCUCUCCAUGCCGUCCUCCUUCGCGACAGGUCUCAAUGCGGCGAGCGAGUCCCCCUCCCUGGGCGCGGCGAGCGAGCCCCCCCUCCCUGGGCGCGUCUUGCGCACCGUCUUCCAGGCCGACGAUCAGAGGCUGAUAUUCGACAACAUUCAUAAUUACGAGAUCAACGCUGUGGCGGCCAGGCGCACUUCGACUAAGAUCAACAGCGACAAGCAACUUGGGAAGGCCGACCUGGGCAAAACCGUGCUCGUCGUCAUCGGGGACUUCAGCUUCGCCGCCGUCGGGGAGCUGAAACUCAGUGAGCCCAGUGCCAGAGCAUCCUCGGAGGCUGCCGAGACCCCCGAAGCUUCGGCGCGCAAGUGGCCUGGAGCGCUCAAGCACUUGGUGGAGAUCGAGGGCAGUGACGCCACCCACUUCUGCGCGGAGACGCUGGCGGAGUCGCGGGUCAGCGACCGCGCCGCAGUUCUCGUCUCCUUCGCCACGCGCGGCCUCAAGGCCGAGAAGAACCAGCCGAUCGCCCAGUACAUCUUCAAGCUACCCAUCUUCAAGCAGAUUGCGGAGAGGGCGUUGCCCCGCGCUGACCUGGACAAGCUUUUCCCGCCAGCUAGACUGCUGCAGAAUACGGAACUCUUGCGAGAGGUUGCGCGCGCUGCCCGAGACCGCAUGCACGAAGAACAUCCAGGGCAGGGGGGUGUCCAGCUUCAGCUGGCCAAGUCGCUGGCCAGCGUGGCACGGCGCCAGGAUCGCGCGCUGGCGGCCAGACUCCUUCGCGCUCGUGCUAAAGCGCAAGACAUCCUCGACAUCAGCAGUGUCCAGAUCAAGCGCAUCGACCCUGCCGCUUUCGAUGGG